AUGGCUGCCGAUUUGUUCGGCCAGGCCAAUGCUGAAUUUGUAGCAGAGAAUUACCAACGCGCACUUGAGCUGUAUACUCUGGCUAUCAAUGGUGACAGUACCAAGGAUGAGUACUAUGUCAACAGGUCCCAUGCCAACAUCAAAUUAGAAAAGUACAAAGAUGCUGUUGUGGAUGCAGACCAAGCUAUUAAAUUAAAUCCCAAAAAUGCUAAAGCUUAUUUGAGAAAAGGAACAGCCCUUUUUGCUCAGAAGAAUUUCAAGUCUGCUAAGGAGGAGUUUGUCAAAGGAGCUGAGAUUGACGAGUCUGACACAAGUUUGAAGACUUUGAUAAGAAAGUGUGAGGCUGAAAUGGAAUUGCAAUCUAAGGAUGAUUUACCAUCCCAGAAAGGGCCAUCUGUUGGUGGGGGAGACAUGAAGGAGCAAACAUCCUCAAACUCUGUGAUGGAUGCAAAACAAGAAACCACCAAAGUUGUCCCCCCUGCAGAAGAAUCGGUGCCAAAAAUAAGGCAUGAUUGGUACCAGACCCAGUCCCAGGUUAUUGUGGCUGUCAUGCAGAAGAAUGUGAAGAAAGAAGACUUGAGUGUUAACAUUGAACCUACAUCUCUCUGUAUUACCAUCAAGCUGUCCAGUGGCCGUGACUACCAGCUUAACCUGGACCUGGCCCAUGAGGUGGUUCCUGACCAGUCUCAGAUUAAACUCCUCACUACAAAGAUUGAAGUAAAGUUGAAGAAGGUAGAAGGUAUCCAGUGGUCAUCUUUGGAAUCCAAAGGAGAGCCUUCCAAUAUCAAACAGAUCGGUGUAUCAGGUGCCUCAGGGGCAGAUGCCAAACCCAAGUACCCAACGUCUAGCCAUCACACCACAGACUGGGACAAACUGGCCCAGAACAUUGCCAAGGAAGAGAAAGAUGAGAAACUGGAAGGAGAUGCUGCAUUGAAUCAGCUGUUCCAGCAGAUCUAUGCUGAUGGCAGUGAUGAGGUUAAAAAAGCCAUGAUGAAAUCCUUUUAUGAAUCCGGUGGAACUGUGUUAAGCACCAACUGGAAUGAAAUUGGAAGUCAAAAAGUUGAAGUAAAACCACCAGAUGGGAUGGAGUUUAAGAAAUGGGAGAGCUGAUCGAAGGCCCUAAUGACAAUUUCCUGACUCUCCAUUCUGUGUAUGAUUUGAGUCGGUAUCUUUCCUGUGAGAUGGUCAGUACUGGAUCAUCAACUCACAGGUUUUAUUGAAUUCUCAUUAACCACAAUCACAGCAGUCAGUCAUUAUCAGAGAACACUCGUUAACAAGCAGGUUACCACCCAAGCCUCCAUAUUGCCAGCUCUGGCUGGUUUUUGAUGGUUUGAACUGGUCAGUAUUGGCAUUGAACACCAAGGCCAACACAUCAUUGCUGUAACCUUGGAGCUUCAGGAAACCAAUGAGAUUGGUAGCCAGGAAGAGCUUAUACACGUGCCUGUGUGAAAAUUGAAUUACCUGCGUGCAGUUACUACAGCUGUAUAAUAUAUUUACUGUGCGGGAAUUUUCCUUCCAAAAUAAA